GGGUCGGUCUACUGACAUGACAGUCAGUACAGUCAGUGUAGUGACAGUCGGAACUCGGAACUACUUGCCGGAAGUACCCGCACACAUCGACAGUUGGAUGGACAUGAGGUUUGCGGCGUUUGGCCGUCUUGUGCGCUGCAGUCGCGGGCUGGUACAUUUCGCAAGCCUGCGCACUCGCAAGACAACAAUAUGCGGUAUUGUCGUCGGCUGCAUUAUCGCUGCGAUUUACCUGCAUCAACGGUCCUAUGCGCUAGUUCCGGAUCCGGAUCCUUUCGUUUCGUACAAAGAUCAGCCAUGGGCACCACUGCACAGCCGUAUGGGGGACGUAUCGAUUGAGUCUGUUCUAGCGCAUCAAAACCUGCUUGCGAAGCGGAUGGCCCGGUUCGCCAAGGUGGCAGUUGACGAAAGUUACAGUCAGGAGCAGCAAGUCCUGAAGCGGGAAAAUCCAGAAGGUGGUGAUAAUCAUGAGCGCCCACCCAACACUGACUAUGCGUAUGAGGAGUUCAACCUGCAAAAAACUGUCCAAAGGAACUGCCUUGGAUCUGUGCCACUCGAAGAACUUCCACCCUGGCAAAUGAAGACGCUACUGAGACACUUAAUUUACGAUGACAAGCACAAGAUUGUGUUCUGCAGUGUACCUAAAUCAGGUUCAUCUAGCUGGAAGAGAGUGAUGCUGUCGCUGGGAACUGAUGGAAAGGUUCCAUCAGCACACUUCAAGAACCUAUCCUCCAUGGCCACCGGUGCGACUCUCCGUUAUAUGCACAAUCUUCCCCUUGACAAAGCGAUGCGUCGACUACAGUCCUACUUCAAAUUCAUGUUCGUGCGCCAUCCUGCAGACCGCAUUGCUGCGGUGUAUUCCCACAAGUUCACCAAUUUCCCGGAGUCGCGUCCGUUCAAGACGAAAUUUGGACCAGUUAUUCAGCAGCUGUGGAAGAGUGGGAAAUUCCAGGAUGCAGAAGAAUGGCACCUAACGAAGGAUCCGGAAUUUGAGCACCAGAAUAUCAGCUUUGCUGCAUUUGUGCGAUACCUGAUUCACGCAAGAGUUGAUAGGAUGAAUGAGCACUGGAUGCCUGCAUAUCAACUGUGUCAACCGUGCACUGUCGGUUACGACUUUGUGGGUCGAUUUGAAGAUCUGCCGGAGAGUGCCAACGCUCUUCUCCAGCAUCUUGGAGUACCUGCAACUGUGGAGUAUCCCAGUCAGACGCUGCUCUACCGAUCUCCACCCUUCGCACAUAGAGAUGCUAUUGCUAUGAUGAAUACUCUUGGUGCAGCUGACCACCAACAGCUGAACAUGCGUUAUGAGCAGGACUUUACCCUCUUUGACUACAGGUAAACGAUAGUGGUGGCGCCAAGUCUUUGUAUACUUCCCAGAUUUUAGCAACAAUGAGUCCUCUAUAUUUUACACCUUUCUCAGACAAAUUAUGAGACUUGAUUCUAUAUUUUCCUAGAUCCGCAUUUUAACGGAUCACAUUACAUUAGGGCUGAAACGAUCGUGGAUUUUCACCUAUCGAUUACUCUUUAGCUUAGCGAUCGAAUAAUCUUUACCAAAUAGUGUCAGAAUUUUGUGCAAAAAUUACUCUGUUUCCAAAAGAUAGGCCUUCAUAAUACAAAAAUCUGCAUUAGUGA